CCCCCCCCUCUCUCCUCCCCUCUCUCUCUCCUCCCAAUUCCUGGUCUGGGCAAACGAUGAUCACGCGCUUCCUACACACAGCCGCCUACCGUUCGUGCUCGCACUCCCUCUGCGUUCGUUCCCAUUGCGGGAGUCGUCUGCUGCCGUGAGAGUUACGUGACGAAAAAGACGCUCGACAUUGCAACACGUUUCGAAACGAGAACAUCCCUCGCAACCAUGUCCUUCCGAGACUCCUUCCGCCGGGUCUUCCACCGCCGCUCGAACAGCUCCAAUCCCAAGUCCAAUUCCAAAGGCAAAGGCAAUGGCAUCAAGAUCGAAUACUACCGGCGCGGCGAGGUGCCCCGGUCCAAAUUCCGCGGGCCCUUCAACCCGGAACACCAGAAGAUGCUGGCCGCGUGGUCGUUCGAGAACGCCAUGGGCCCUCCUCGAACCUGCUCCAUGGACCUGUCGUUGUCGCCCUGUGCAACCCUGGGCGAGAAUGUGUGCCCCCUUGACACUCGAAUGAUGAUGGCCGACGAAGAGGUGGAUCCGCUUGCAGAUGCUGCACCCGAUGCCACUGCCCGCCUGUUCCUCGAUGCGGUGGUGCAACCGUCUGAUGCUUCCAUCACUGUCUCUCACGACGAAUACGCCCCGGAUCGUCAAGCAGACUCGGGCUCCCAGUCCUCGGCCACCGCCGUCGAUCCCGACAGCUUCAAUGGUUCCAUGGCCACCUUGCUGCCCGAACCGCUCGACGCUCGUCGCCGCGAUUCCAUCGCCCUCAUCAAGGAGACAAUCCGCUAUACGUCGCCGUUGCCCGCCAUGUCGCCCAAGGCUGUCACCCCUCACAUGCCAUUUUCACCAGACGAACUGGCCCGGGCACUGCACGCCGUGCAGCUCUACGCAUAGAUCAGUUUCACAAUCCUCGCCUCACUGAAUCUUGGUCCUGGAAUGGUUUUACGAAUUUCCUUCCUUACUUUUACACUAUUUUAUUUAUUCAUUUUAUUCGUCCCCCCCCCUCAUAUCAUCAACGCCUCUAGAAGGGGCACACACGCUUUUCCUUUUUUUUUUUUUUCUUGGCAUUCACAAGGCCAGAUGCAUCGAUAAAGUGUGAUACAAUGUUUCAUCGAUGUUCUUGUGUUUGUCCGCCCUGGGGUCUCAUUCCGCGCCAAGAGAAACGCAUUCUGCCAAGAGGCGAGGGACAAGCCCUGGAGUCUCUUCCUUUCUACCCUUUUUUGAGCGAAUACCCUUGCCCUUGCAUUCGAAUCUUACAUUUUACCUCGGAGGACUUCUGGUCUCCUCUGCUACAAGCGUUGCAUUGCUCUUUUGAGAAUGUACAGUAUACAUAGACAUAGAAACAAUUGAAAGAAAAUAAAAC